AUGGGAGCCCGACAGCAUCAUACCGCGGCCGCUGCCGGUAGCGUUGACGACUUCGAAUACAACUGGGAGAAGCUGCAGUCAGCCAUCCGCGACAUUCAUCUCAAGAACACCGGCUCCCUCACCUUCGAACAGCUCUAUCGACAUGGCUACAAGAUCGUGCUUCUCAAGAUGCCUGAGCGCCUCUACGACAAUGUCAAGCGUUUCGAAGAAUCCUGGUUCCAGGAGCAGGUCAUACCGCCCAUCUUCGAAGUCAUCUCCAAGAACCUUGUCAGUGUCACUCUCGGCAGUGUGCCCGGCACCAGCGUGGUGGACCGUCGGGCCAUAGGCGAGAAGUUCCUCAAGGUGAUUCGAGAGGCCUGGGAGCAGCAUGAGAUGUCCAUGAACAUGAUCGCCGAUAUCCUCAUGUACCUCGACCGAGGCUGGUCACAAGACCAGAGUCGGCCUGGCAUCUUCGCUGCCACCAUCGGUCUCUUCCGCGACCAUAUCCUGCGUACUGGCAUUCAGGCCGAUGGAAACCCGCCCUGCACAGUCUUCGGCAUCUUGAACGCCACCAUCAUCGACCAUAUCAACAUGGAACGUGAAGGCGACGCGAUCGACAAGGCCCUGCUCCGAAGCUGUAUUGGCAUGCUCGAGUCACUGCAUAAGACGGAUGAGGAGCUCGAGGACGAGAAGCUCUAUAUUACCGACUUCGAGCCCGAGUACCUCCAAAAGAGCCGCCAGUUUUACAAGGCCGAGUGCGACAGGCUUCUCAGAGAAUCGGAUGCUUCAACCUGGUUGUGCCACACGCAGCGACGCUUGGACGAAGAGGCUGCGCGAUGCUUGACGACUAUCUCUCCCAUAACUUCUGAUUCCAUUGCCAAAGUCCUUGAGGAGGAGCUGAUCCAGAGCCAUCUUGAAGAGUUCAUGAGUCUGGACGGGAGCGGUGUGCGUGCAAUGAUCGACAAUGACAGAACCACGGAUCUUGCUGUCCUGUACCAGCUAGUCUGUCGAGUGGAUCCUGACCGGGAAGCAUUGCGCAAGGCCAUGUCUAAUCGUAUCAUCGAACAAGGCCUGGAAAUCGAAAAAGUGCUAAAGAACACGGACUUUUCGGCACCCCAGACAGCAGAUGAGGAACCUGCGGCUGACGGUGGCGAUAAGCCCAAGCCCAAGACCCUCAAUGCUUCCGCACAGCAAACUGCAGCUGCCCUCAGAUGGGUCGACGACGUCUUGAACUUGAAAGAUCGAUUUGACAACCUCUGGUCCAAUUGUUUCUCGGAGGACCUCAUUCUGCAGACCGCUAUCACUAAGAGCUUUGCAGAAUUCAUCAACACGUUUGAUCGAAGUUCUGAGUUCUUGUCUCUUUUCAUUGACGAUAAUCUGAAGAGGGGCAUCAAGGACAAGACUGAGGCCGAGAUCGACGUGGUUCUGGAAAAGGCCAUCACACUGCUGCGUUUCAUCAGCGACAAGGACAAGUUUGUUCUGUACUACCAAAAGCACUUGGCACGGCGUUUGAUCCAGCAAAAGUCAGAGCGGCAGGAUGUAGAGGCCGAGAUGAUUUCUCGUAUGAAACGGGAGCUUGGCAACACCUUCACCAGCAAGUUCGAGGGCAUGUUCAAAGAUAUGAACAUCUCCAAAGACGAGACAGAGGCGUACUCCAAGUAUGUUCGCGGAUUGGGCGCAUCCGAUGAGAAGCGUAUUGAGCUGUCCAUCAACGUUCUCGGUGGCAACAACUGGCCCAAGGAGAUCAUGGGCCGUCAGACAGGUCUAGGUGGCCAGGAGCGUACUGAUGCCGCCUACCCUCGUGAGAUCAAAGCCCUACAGGAGAGCUUUUACGAAUUCUAUUGCAAAAGCCAUCAGGGGCGAAUGUUGAACUGGGUCGGAACGCUUGGUACGGCUGACAUUCGCUGCGUCUUCCCCAAGAUCCAAGGAAAGUCCUCGGGCCCCUUGAGCCGAGAGCGCCGGUACGAACUCAAUGUUACGACCUACGGCAUGAUCAUUCUACUACUGUUCAAUGAUCUCCCCGAAGGCGAAUGGCUAGCUUUCGACGAGAUCCAAGCCAAGACCAACAUCCCCCAGCCUGACCUCAUCAACUCCUUGACAUCCUUAUCAGUCAUCAAGGCGACCAGAGUCCUACUCAAGGAGCCCCCGAGCAAAGCUAUUGUAAAACCCACUGACAAGUUUACAUUCAAUCGCGAAUUUGUCAGCAAGGCUAUCAAGAUCAAGAUGCCAUCUGUCAAUGCGGCCAACAAGGUUGAGAACGAAGAGGAGCGCAAAGAGACUGACGAGAAGACCAACGAAACCCGCAAGUAUAUAGUAGAUGCUGCUAUCGUCCGCAUCAUGAAGUCGCGCAAGGAGCUAGUGCAUUCAGAGCUCAUCACGAAUGUCGUCCAGCAGCUUGCAAGUCAGUUCAAGCCUGAGAUCAACCUGAUCAAAAGUCGCAUUGAGGAUCUCAUUGGCCGAGAAUACCUCGAGAGGGCGGACGCGAUCGACGGCAAGCCAGCUUACCGCUAUGUGGCGUAG